UGGUUUCUGGUAUUUAUGUGUAUGAUAAAGCGAAAAUUUUGCUGAAAUUAAAAAAAGAACUUUUGUGACACAUCAAAUUCUGUGAUAAUUGAGAAACUGAGACAGUUUCUUCUUGGUAUAUAUAGUUUCUAACUACAAUGCCGAUUAAAAUUCCUACAUCAUACCGUAUUGUGUGCAAAAAACACCUUGCUUAUAAAAAUUGCAGUGUUAUACCUUAUUUUAUAUUACUAAUUAAUCCUCUUAGUGAAGAUCCUUUGUUCUCAAGUCAAUAAAUGGCAAAGAAAAAAGAACAAAUGCCAAAUCGGCCACAAUGUUUUAGAUCUCGAUCAAUGGAGGAAGACCGAGAAGACUUGUGUUCUGAUGGAGCUAUGCGAUUUACUGUUGCAUCUUAUCCUAAGGAAGCUUUCGAAGUCAUGUGUAUGAUGAGACAGCAUCAGAAACUCUGUGAUAUUGAAAUAAGAGUUAGCAAUGAAAUCUUCCAUGCUCAUAAAAUAGUAUUAGCUUCGGCAAGUCCAUAUUUUAAAGCUAUGUUCACAAGUGGGUUAAAGGAAUCAGAAAUGUCUAUUAUUAAUAUUCAAGGUGUAUGCCCUAUGAGCAUGGCUGUUAUCAUUCAUUUUGCAUAUACUGGGCAAGUGAAGAUUGAAGAAAAUAAUGUGUGCAAUCUGCUUCCUGCUGCUACUAUGUUCCAAGUGAACCAUAUUAUUGAUGCAUGCUGCUCAUUUUUAGAGAAUCAGCUGGACCCUAGUAAUUGCAUUGGAAUUGCUGAUUUUGCUUUGCAGCAUGGCUGUUCUAACCUAUCUAGCAUAGCUAAUCAAUUUAUUGACCAACACUUCUCACAGGUGUCACAAGGAGAAGAAUUUCUGGCAUUAUCAGUUUGCCAGAUGAUCAUGUUAAUAAAGAGAGAUGAACUGAAUGUUCGAAGUGAAAUGGAAGUGUUUAAUGCAGUGCUACGUUGGGUUAAGCAUGACAAACCUAGACGCUGUCCAAAAUUACCUGAUAUUUUAAAUGCUGUGAGAUGUCAUUUCUUAACUCCCCGCUUUUUAAAAGAACAAAUUCAAAAAUGUGAAGUUCUCAAGAAUGAACCACAAUGUUGUGAUUAUUUAAGUCGUAUCAUCCAGGACUUGACUGUGCGAAGAAAGUACAGCUGCAAUCAACGAACACCUAAAGUUCCAUACGUUAUAUACACCACUGGAGGGUACCUGCAACAUUCUCUUAGUAAUAUGGAAUGUUAUAAUGCUCAAGAAAAGCAAUGGUUUGCCUUGGCAGAUCUUCCUACUCCUCGAAGUGGACUGGGAGGGGCCUUUAUCGAAGGCAAAUUUUAUGCUGUUGGUGGCCGAAAUAACUGUCUUGAUGGCAACCAAGACUCAGACGGAGUGGACUGUUAUGAUCCUAUAACUAAUAAAUGGAAAUCCUGUUGUAAAAUGACAAUUUCUAGAAACAGAGUUGGCGUAGGUGUUUUAGAUGGACUAUUAUAUGCUGUCGGAGGAUCUAAAGCAACAGUUCAUCACAAUACAGUGGAAAGGUAUGAUCCUGCAGAGGAUAAAUGGUACAAAGUUCAGAAUAUGUUAACUGCACGAAUAGGUGUAGGUGUGGCUGUUGUAAAACGAUUGUUAUAUGCUGUUGGUGGUUAUGAUGGAAAUAGUCGUUUAAAUACAGUCGAAUGUUACAAUCCGGAGAAGGAUUCAUGGACUUUAGUUGCCAGCAUGAAUAUUAAUAGGAGUGGUGCAGGUGUAGUAGCUUUAGAUCAUUAUAUCUAUGCCGUUGGUGGCUAUGAUGGAGCUCUGCAAUUGAAAUCUGUUGAAAAGUAUGAUACAGAAACAAAUGAAUGGGUCUUUGUCUCUCCUAUGUCUUCUCGUAGAAGUGCCCUAAGUGUUGCAGUUUUGGAUGGUAAAAUUUAUGCUUUAG